UUUAAAGUCACCGUCCCUCACUCGACAACUGCGCAAUGUCGCAUUGAGAAGUCUCACUCCCAAUGAAAUCAGAGCCUUCAACGUUUAAAAAGUUGAUUGAUGCAUUUGGCCCCCACCUUCCUUGCAACCACCCACGCGCCGCCUUGUGCUCCUCCAUGCCUGUUCAUCUUCUGCAACUGAAAGAUCACAAGAAGUUCCUGCCUUUAUGAAUUCUGGGCCUUUGGAUUAUAAGAAGACAUGGGCGGAGUCACCUCUUCAAUCGCCGCCAAAUUCGCCUUCUUCCCCCCAAACCCACCUUCCUACACUUUGAUCUCCGACCAAGCUGGUCGAUUUUCUAUUCCUGAGGUUCCCAUGAAGGACAACGUUGAUGUUCUUAAGCUUCGGACUCGGCGAGGCAACGAUAUCGCUGCUGUUUAUGUCAAGCAUCACAAGGCGACAGGUACUAUGCUUUACUCACAUGGCAAUGCUGCUGAUUUGGGUCAGAUGUUUGAGCUCUUCGUCGAAUUGAGCAGAAGACUUCGCCUCAAUGUUAUGGGUUAUGAUUACUCUGGUUAUGGACGAUCAACAGGAAAGCCAACUGAAUCGAAUACAUAUGCAGAUAUUGAUGCUGCAUAUAAAUGCCUAAAAGAUCAAUAUGGGGUGAAAGAUGAUCGAUUAAUACUGUAUGGUCAAUCUGUUGGCAGUGGGCCCACACUUGAUCUUGCUUCACGAGUACCAGAAUUGAGAGGUGUUGUGUUGCACAGUCCAAUUUUAUCUGGGAUGAGAGUGCUGUAUCCUUUAAAACGGACAUACUGGUUUGAUAUUUACAAGAACAUUGAUAAAAUAUGCUUGGUGAACUGUCCUGUUUUGGUUAUUCAUGGGACAUCAGAUGAAGUUGUGCAUUGGUCCCAUGGAAAGAAGCUUUGGGAGCUUUGCAAGGUAAAGUAUGAACCUUUAUGGGUAAAAGGUGGUGGCCAUUGUAAUCUUGAGCUUUACCCAGAAUUCAUUAAACAUCUCAAGAAAUUUGUACACUCAAUUGCCAAAUCUAAAGCUAAAGCUAAAGCUUCUAGCAAGGAUGGUUCUGUAGAAAUUGAUAUUCAUGGCAAAGCAAACAAAGAAGAAUCUGAGAGUGGAACUUCUGAUGCAUCUGUAUUGGGUUCAGUACUUCCAGAAGCUUCUAGAAACAGUUUAGAUAGUCGCCUAGACAAGUCUAGAAAAUCAAACAAACCUGAAAAGUCUAGGAUGAGCACUGACAUUGUUGAUAGGUUUAGGAGAAGAAAGGGAUUAGUUUGGUAGUUUCUUACUAAAACUUCACCCACAGCAACUAAUCUGCUAGUAUCAUCUAAUUGACAGUGGAUUUAAUCUCAUGUUUACGCGGUCAUACAUUCUGAGAGACAAUGUCAAAUAAAAACAUGAUUAUGUCUAAGACUCUUAUCCACUCCCUGCAUAUUUUAUUUCCAUUUUUUUAACCUCUUUCUAAAUGUACCAUGUGUAUUGAUUUUUAUGAAAAUAGAAAUUUUGGAUUGUA